AUGGCGAUUCGCCCGUUCAUCUGUAAACGCGGAGCUCCGGAAGAAUUUUUUUCGGAUAACGGAACAAAUUUCAAAGGAGCAUGGAACGAGAUGUCGAAGAUAAAAAAGGAGAUUGAUCUGUCCUGCGCACAGCAAAUAACAAGUCCCAGGAUUCGGUGGAAUUUCAAUCCACCCGCGACACCCCAUAUGGGUGAAAUAUGGGAGAGGAUGGUUCGCUCGGUGAAAACAGCAUUUAAGGCGCUAGACGAUGGGAGAAAGUUGAACGAUGAAAUUCUGUUGACGACGAUAGCGGAAGCUGAAGAUAUGAUAAAUUCACGACCCUUGACAUAUGUACCACAAGAGUCUGCAGAGAUUGAAGCGCUUACACCAAACCACUUUCUUCGCGGAACAGUAAAAGCAUCUGAUAUGGCGGUAGGUGGACCUACUAGCACGGCUGAAGCACUGCGAAAUGUGUACUCACGAUCGCAGUAUCAUGCGGACAAAAUAUGGGAAAGAUGGCAUAAAGAAUACUUUCCUAGUAUUAACCAACGAACAAAAUGGCAUAGAAACUGCACACCGUUGAAUGAAGGCGAUCUAGUUUUCGUGGUUGACGGGAAAAAUCGGAAGAACUGGAUUCGUGGCAUCGUUGCAAAGACGAUAACGGGAUCUGACGGAGUAAUUCGACAGGCGAUGGUGAGAACAUCUGCUGGAGUUUUCCGACGAGCGGUGGCUAAUUUGGCUGUUAUGGAUGUUGUUAGCGGUAAAUUCGAACCUGUCCACGGAACGGUAGCGAAGUUACGGGCUGGGGAAUUGUGCCCGCCGAAGGAUGGCGUCUAA